UGAUUGUGCUUUGACUACGAUUUGAUUGUGAUUUGCCAUUCCUCUGAGGCAUGCCAAGGUGUAAGAUGACUGAUGGAUUUCCUUCAGAUCAAUGAGGAAUCUCGUUAAUCUUCACACGCGUUCUUGGGCGUUGAUCCGACCUAGUUCAAACGGAUCUACAACGAUGUGACGAUAGAUGCAUGGUUGAAGUGAGGUGUGAUUGAGAUUUGGACGGGAUGAAUAAAGCUUGGCGACAAUGAGUCAGUAUUCGGUAGUGGCAGCCGCGGGAUAAAACGGUCCGUGCCUAUAUCUGAGCUAAUCAAGAGGUAAUGGCAUACUGACGAUAAGGCGAUACGCCUAGAAAUGUCUCGACUUUUUUCCGUCUUCACACAAUUCUAGGUACAUGAAGUUAGUUAGGUAUCUUUCCGAAUUCCAGUAGUGUGUGAACUCUUCUUUCAAUGCUUUGAUUAUCUUUAGACAUCUAUUUGAGUGUAAGAUAUCUUAGAUUGUAUCUGAUAUUCGUCUGAAACAAAGUCGUCCUUCGAAACCGACAGUUGUGCUAUUUGAUCAGGAUAACGAGGCAGCCGUUAGUAACCUUGAGAAUCAACUCGACAACACAGACAGCUCAACUCCACUUCUCGUGCACGCGAAUUUCACCUUCCCAUUUGAGAUCGAAUAUACAGAUUACGGUCCACUUCAAGACCAUUAACCUUUUAUAUUCAAAGAUAGACAUUUGAGUUCAGAGCAUGAUGAGUUCAAACAUGCGUGGAGUGGGGGAGGCGCAAGGCAUAGGACAGGCUUUGAAGGGUAUGUUGGGAAAAGCCCCUACGACGGUACCGGAACAGAAGAAUGAUAAAGUGCAGCUGGUCAACAGAGCCAGUGAAAGCAAGAGUCCAUAUGUUCGCGCUCAUUCUGCGAAUCCGGUCGCAUGGCAGCUUUGGGGAGAUGAAGCAAUUGAAUUGGCGCGUCGGGAAAAUAAAUUGUUGUUUGUGAGCAUUGGUUACAGCUCCUGUCAUUGGUGCCAUAUAAUGGAGCGCGAGUCAUUCGAAAACGAAGAAGUAGCUGCGAGAUUGAAUAGCUCAUUUAUACCCAUCAAAGUCGAUCGCGAAGAACGUCCGGAUAUUGAUAGGAUUUAUAUGAACUUUGUGCAAGCCACGACUGGGUCUGGAGGAUGGCCACUGAAUGUCUUUCUGACACCGAGUUUGGAGCCAGUGUUUGGAGGCACAUAUUGGCGGGGACCGAGUAAGACGACGGAUUUCGAAGACCAGGUCGACUUUUUGGGAAUUCUGGAUAAAUUGAGUACAGUUUGGUCAGAACAAGAAUCGCGAUGUAGACAGGAUUCGGCACAAAGUUUGCAACAAUUGAAGGAUUUCGCUAAUGAGGGUACCUUGGGUAACAGACUUGGGGAGGGUGUGGACAACAUUGAUCUCGAAUUACUGGAAGAAGUCACUGAACAUUUCGCUAGUAGCUAUGAUCAGGCGAAUGGAGGAUUUGGGUCAGCUCCGAAGUUUCCUACCCCUUCGAAAAUUGCCUUCUUGCUCCGUUUGGGCCAAUUCCCACAAGCUGUAAUUGAUAUUGUUGGGUUUCCUGAUUGCCAAAACGCCCAGGAAAUCGCUAUUACAACUCUUCGCAAAAUGGCUCGUGGUGGAAUUCAUGAUCAUAUUGGAAAUGGCUUCGCUAGAUAUUCUGCCACUGCCGAUUGGUCUCUUCCCCACUUCGAAAAAAUGCUUUACGAUAAUGCACAGCUUCUACAUCUCUAUUUGGAUGGCUUCCUUUUAUCACGAGACCCGGAGUUUCUAGGAGUCGCAUACGAUAUCGCGAAUUAUUUGACGACCACUAUUUCGCACUCGAAGGGAGGAUUUUAUUCAAGCGAGGAUGCCGAUAGUUAUUAUAAAAAUGGUGAUUCCGAGAAACGAGAAGGCGCCUAUUAUGUUUGGACUAAACGAGAAUUUGAAAAUAUUCUUGGCAGCGAACGUGGAUUGAUACUGUCAGCUUUCUUCAAUGUUACUAGUCAUGGUAAUGUAGCGCAGGAAAAUGAUCCACAUGACGAAUUCAUGGACCAGAACGUAUUGGCCAUUUCAAGCACUCCGUCUGCAUUAGCAAGUCAAUUUGGCAUCAAGGAGGCUGAAAUUAUAAAAGUUAUCAAGGAAGGCAAAGCGCAAUUAAGAAGACGUCGAGAAUCUGACCGGGUAAAGCCGGCUAUGGAUGAUAAAAUUGUUGUCAGCUGGAAUGGUAUUGCGAUAGGGGCUUUGGCUAGAUUAUCCUCCGUUAUCAACGGUUUUGAUCCUGUCAAGGCUCAAGAGUACCUAAAUGCAGCCCUCAAGGCAGCUGCAUUUAUCAAGGAAAAUCUUUAUGACGAUAAAGCUAAGAUUCUCUACCGGAUUUGGCGUGAGGGACGAGGUGAUACUCAAGGAUUUGCGGAUGAUUAUGCAUUUUUGAUUGAAGGACUUAUCGAUUUAUAUGAAACUACUUUUGACGAAAAGUGGCUUCAAUGGGCCGAUGAACUUCAACAAUCACAAAUAAAUCUUUUCUACGACGGGAAUGGUACAGGUGCAUUCUUUUCAACUACCGCCUCUGCUCCAGACGUGAUCCUUCGUCUCAAAGAUGCCAUGGAUUCUUCCGAACCUUCUACAAAUGGCACCUCUUCCUCAAAUUUGUAUCGCCUAUCUUCAAUUUUCAACGAUGAAUCUUACGCCAAAAAAGCGAAAGAAACUGUGAAAAGUUUUGAAUCCGAAAUGUUACAGUAUCCGUGGUUGUUCCCUAGUUUUAUGCCGGCAAUUGUAGCUAGUCACUUGGGUGUUAAAAGUGUGGUGAUUCAUGACGCAGCUGGUGAUACUUCAGGGGGAAGAUGGGUUCAAGAAUUUGAAAAGAAACCCCGAGGUUCUUUGGGAUCGAUUAUUCGAUUGAAUUCUUCGGAGGGAAAUGGACAGUGGUUGAGAGACCGAAAUCCAUUGUUGAAGGAUGCGGGGAAGAGUGAUAAGACUAAGAUACUCGUCUGCGAAAAUGGGGUAUGUAAAGAAGAGGAAGAGCCUAUCUUUGUGGAUUCAGGCGUCAAGAUGGAGGAAAGUCCCUUGGAAAAUGUUGGGUUUCGAAUGACCGGUUUAAAAGAAUCAUUACCGGGCUCGGGAGAAAAUUUAAAUAAGAGUCAAGGGGAAACAGUCCCAAAGGAAAAUCUACAGCAAGCAGAUCUGGUGGCUAAAAUUAGCGUCGCGGAUAAAGGAAUGGAAAAUUAGGUAUAUGUGAAAAGGAAAAUGUGUGCUUAGCUAUCAUGGCGUCUUUGUUGAUAGGGGUUUUAGCGGAGUUUCAAAGAUGUGUGGUAGGGUAUGGUGUAGCGUGUAUACAUUGAUUUGGAUUUCGCUUACUUGCUUGCUUGAUUUGAUUACUUGUUUGUUUGUUUGUUUGUUUGUGGAUGUUCUCCCUGUUUGCUCUUGGUGAUGUGACGUGAAGUGAAGUGGUACUUGAUGGGUAGUGUAGUUUUCCAAUUGAGAUGCGAAAUGGUGGUAGCUUGCUGGCCUUUUUUGGAAUUAAUUAUCAGAAUUCAGAAUUGUGGAGGCCCGAGGGGCGAAUCUUCAUUCGGUCUUAAGCAUUGAGAUGUGUACUCCAGAAUAGGUAUGAGUCCGAAUUACAAUGCUAGAAUAGAAGCGGGGAGGGCAUCCGAGAGGGAAUAAGGGGAAUAUGUGUAAGUAAUCACCUAGGUGAUGAGGAUGAUCCAGCGCUCUUUAAUGGUUUGUGGACAUCGAUUCGAUCACGGCGGUCGCUUUGUGGUUUGGGGGUGUGGGUACUUGAUGUCUAUGUAGUCGAGGUCAUCUUGAUUCUUGUAUGGUUGUUGAAUAUUUGCAGGAUAGCAAGGAUGUAUUGUUCACGUUGUUCUAGACUCUGGGUUAUUGAUAUACUCUUCUUUUCUUUCUCCAUCUCUCUUUUUUGGGGUCGGCUUUCUUUUUGCUCUACUAGAGAGUGUGAGAG